AUGUCCCACCUCCUCCUCCUCCACCGCCUCCUCCUGCUCGCUCCCCUCCUCCGCCUCCUCGUCUCGCGCAAGGGCAUCAACUCCUCCGCCGCCUCUUCUCCACCGCCCUCUCCUCUCUCCCUCCCCCACCCUCCCCUCUUCUCCUCCCUCUCCAGGCCUAACGCCGAAUCCGACAUCCCCGACGCCAUCCAGUGCUUCCGCCUAGCCCGGGCCCACCGCAUCCCCCUCCUCCCUUUCAAGCAUGUUUGUUCGGUUAUUCUCGAUGCAUUGAUGAAUUCGGGUAAUGGCUCGAUGGAAGGCGCGUGGGCGUUCUAUUCGGGGUUUCUUGAUGCUGGGUUUGCUCCUGAUGUGCUUGUUUUCAAUAGGAUCAUGCAUGGCUUUGUGAAGGAAGGGAAGGUGAGGAGGCGGGGCGUUUUUGAUGGAUUUCGCGUGCUGGGUUGGGGCCCGAGUGUGGUUAGUUUUAACACCUGGAUCUGUAGAAUUGGGGAUUUGCGUGCGGCGUUUGGUAUGAAGAGGGAGAUGGUGGGGAGUGGAGUUUGUCCUGAUGUGUUUACUUGUACCCUUUUGAUUAAGGGGUUAUGUAGGGUUGGGAGGUUGGAGAAUGCACUCAAGGUGUUUGCUGAAAUGUUGGUAAGAGGACUGUUGCCGAACAAGGUGACCUUUACGAUUUUGAUCGAUGGGUAUUGUAAAGAUGGGAAGGUUGAGAUUGGAAUGGAGGUUUAUAGGGAGAUGUUGAGGCGAGGGGUCGAGCCUGAUCUGAUUGUGUUUAAUGCUAUUGUGAAUGGUCUUUGCAAGGUUAGAGAUCUGAGGGAGGCUAAUAGGCUUGUGGAGGAAAUGAGGCGGAGAGGUCUGAAGCCUGAUAAAGUCACUUAUACUACUCUAAUUGAUGGGUGUUGUAAGGAGGGGGAUUUGGAGAUCGCAGUCAAGAUUAAAAGGAAGAUGAUGGCUGAGGCGGUUGAGUUAGAUGAUGUGGCUUAUACUGCACUUAUAUCAGGAUUGAGUAGAGAAGGGCAAGUGAUUGAUGCAGAGAGGACUUUGUACGAGAUGGAGAGAGCUGGGUUGAUCCCUGAUGAGAUGACUUAUACUAUGAUCAUUGAUGCAUUUUGUAGGAAAGGGGAUGUUAAAAAUGGUUUUAAAAUGUUGAAGAAGAUGCAGACUGAUGGUAGAUCUCCGGGGGUUGUGACAUAUAAUGUGAUUAUGAAUGGGCUUUGCAAGCUUGGUCAGAUGAAGAAUGCCAACAUGCUGUUAAAUGCUAUGAUUAAUGUUGGCGUUGUUCCAGAUGACAUUACUUACAAUAUUCUUUUGGAUGGGCAUUGUAAGCAUGGAGGAGUUGACAAGGAGGAACUAAAGGGUGAAAAGGGAAUGGUCUCAGAUUUUGCGACUUACACUUCACUUGUUAAUGAAUUUGUUAAAAGUCCUAAGAAACGACAAAGUUCAUAACACAUUACAUAUAAUAUGUUUGUUUUCUGGACUUGUGGGUUUUCAAGGCCAUACAAGAAUAAGGCUCCUCAGGUGGAGAUGCAACCAAAAGUUUCAUAUAGAUAGCACAUCACAGGAAACCUGUUCGCAGUACAAGAUGUUUACCAAAGCUGAAAAGAAUUGAGAGUUGCUGAAGUUAGAUCAGGUGUACUUUUGAGAGAUACAGAUCCACUUCUCAUGGACUAUCAUCUUUGCUUCUAAGUUCUAACA